CAUCUAACUAGUUCCUUUCAUAUUUACGUCAUCUUAUGUUUACAAUGGUGAAAUACAAUCGUCUUAACAAAUGUUUUUAGUUGCACACGUAGCAGUAGGGUGAGAACAUUUUAAAUUGAAACUGAAAUACAAUUACUACACAUUUUUGAAUUGACCAACAGAAAGAUAAACUUUGAUGACAAGAUUGUUAAUCACGUAAAAGUGAUAGACCUCCACAAUACAGGUAAAUAACGUUAGAAUAUGAAGUUCACUAUUUCACUGUUAGUCUAGUGUACCAAAUAAACCUCAGUUCCCAGAAAUAUCGAAGUUUUUAAAAUAUCACUCUGAAUAAUUAAUACCUGAAAUUUCAUUCUUUUCUAUCAUAGCUAACUUUGAAUACAAUAAUUCAUAAAUUUGGCUGAAUUUACUUUAGAAAAUAUGUAUUAUGUGAAUAGACAUUUGAUCGAUAGCUCUGGAAAAUUGAAAGCACUCUUUAUAGAUCUCAUUAUGCAUAAACCUACAGGGAGAUAUUACGGAAUAAUUAUAUGCUUCCCAUUACACACGAUGUCAAUAAAACUCAACAAUCACCACAACUCUAUGCUGAUAUUCAUUGUUAUUAUUUUCAUUAUUAUUGUCAGUAUUAUUUCUCGUCUUCCAAAUUGAUGACAGUUGUAAGUGACACUCAACACACCACUGUUUCUUGCAUAGUGCUCACCAUUCUAGACACACAGUCAGUCGAAUAUUUGAUCUGUUUUGUAAUUACAUUACUACUUCUUUCAAUCCAUGUUAUCUGUAUCUAUUCUGAUGAUCAAUGUCACAACCUCUAUUGACUUGUGAACACAUCCGUUUUGACAGGAAAUAUUGACCAUAACUUUGUUAACAAGUUCAUUUUGAUAAAAUUCCUAAACAAAUACAUUGUUUUUUCUAGAAGAUUUACUCUACUUCGAAGUAGCAAUAUUUUUGGAAACAUAACUCGAAUUUAUAACUGUGGAGUUUCAAUGAGAAUUUAUCGACUCUGUUCAGUACAUGUGUUCAGAACGUAGUUAAUGUCCAGAAUGUCAAAUAUAUUUUGUCAUAAGUAAAUGAAAAUAAUUAUGUUGUGAGGUUUGGUUGUUCUAAAGUCAUAAUUUCAUAAGUAUACUCUUUCAUUCAGUUGUCAAAAUCUUGACCCAUCUUUUUGUUUUCAUAGAAUCAUCGCCAAUCCAAUUGGUGUAGAAAACUUACCAAUCAAAUUAUAACUCUGAAUAAAUUUGAUUUGUUAGAAUACAUCUCUCAAACCUAUUAAUUGUUUGUGAUUGGUUGAAGGAAAUUUUGCAAAAUGAAGUGUGAGUAUAAAACAUUCCAUCUACAAAAUCGUAUUUUACCGCGUGAAAAUAAGCACAUUUUACCGUGAUUGACUUCUUAGGUUUGAACAGUGAAAAAUUAUCAAAUCUAUGAUUUUCCUACGAAAUUCUGUCUGACAGUUUAUGAAUAUUGUCCAUCUUGAGCAUACUUCAUGUAUCCAUCCCACAACAAUAGUUGUAAUUGUACGAAUCCUAUAAAUAAUGUCUCAACAAGUUCAUCCUCUCACCGGAAUGGCUGCGGUACACAAUCAUCGCCAAAAGUUAUACAUCGUAAUCAACAUAAUGCAUCUUCCACACAAGUAUAUCAGCAAAAUAAUUGGGAUUCAAAUAAAUCUGCUUCUACUCCGCUACCAACUUCCUAUUUACGGAGGUUAUAUAAACUGGGUUCCAUAAAAAAUAAUGAUGAAAUGAGCAUGUUGAAUAGCAUCAAUACACAGGAUUGUAACGACAUUCAAAUCAGUAAUAAAAAUGAACUAAAUUUUCAAACUCCGAAAACCAAGAAGUUCGAUGAAGUCUACCUUUCAGUUAAUCGCAGAACACAACCGGGUAUUUCGGCAGCAAUUAAAUUAUUGUCUCAAAAUCUGAAGCCGAAAAUAAAUCCUAAUAACGAAGUUAUUGAUGAUUCUAAUAGUAAUAGCAUUACUACCAAUAUUGUUACUACUAAUACGAAUACUAAGGGAAAUAAUCAGAAUAAAAUUUUCACUAAUGGCGAAAAUGACAAUUUAUCCACUAUGCUUCCUCAUUCAAAUGGAGGUGAAUACUCUUCUUGGAAGAAUAAACGAUACAGUUAUACUCCUACUUCUUUCUCUAACCACAACUAUGUUAAUAAUAUCGGUAACAAUUAUAAUAACAUUUCAACAUCAAUACAAACUAUAAACAAUGAAGACACUGAUAAAUUAGCAAACAAUCCGCCUGGGAAAAUGAUGAAGGCUGAUUCAUCCACGUUGAUGAAACCAUCACUGCAUAAUAACAGUAAUAAUGAGAUAUAUCUGGCAAACAGUAAUUCACCUUGUACAACUAAUUUCAAUGACAAUAAAAAUAAUAUGUAUUCACCUUUAUAUACGCGAAAGAGUAAUUACGAUACAUUAUUUAAGCGUAGUUCCUCCACAUCUCCAUAUCGACCAUUACUAAAUUAUCGUCCAUCAUGGUUACUGUCAUCCAAUAAUAAAAUGUUAUCUAAUGAAACACUUUACAACAGUGAUGAUUAUCACAAUGAAUAUAUAACAUCUAAACCAAAAUAUUUAGAUUCGAAAAUUUCGAAUAAUAAUAUAAGUAAUAAAUACCGUCCAUCAGAUAAUGGAACAACAACUGGAACACAAACACCAAUGACCGCAGUAACUUCGCAAAAUUUACAGGGUUCACUAACGACAUUAUCGUCAUCGGGUGGCAUCGGAAGUAAUAACGCGACUAGAUAUUUGAAUAAAAAUGACCAUUUUUCACCUAGACCAAUUAAUGCUAAACCUUCAUUCCAUUCAAGACAGAAUAUUGAUGAUGUAAACAUGGAACAAAAUGAUGAGGAACAUCAUAAAUAUGGUAGAAAAUAUUAUAUUACACGUCGACCACAAAUUAUACAAACAAAUUAUCAAAGAUAUUUUCCUCAUGCAAUAAAUCAUGAACGUAUUCUUUCAUUCAAUAAUAUUUAUGAUGCUAGCACCUUGAUCGAUAACACUGAUACUACUUAUCAUGAUUCCGAUUUUACGAACAAAACAAUCAGUAAGAAAAUAAACAGAAUGCCAGAUGUUUUGAAGCCGAAUUCAUAUCUAUCAAAUAGCACGUUAGCUUCGUACAAAAGAAAUUCAUCGUCUUUAAAUUCAUUACCAAAUGAAAUCGGUUCUUCACCUCCGUUAAUUCACUCUGAGUACGUCAAUGAUGAUCACCGCAUUAGCAGUAAUAAUAGUGAUAAAAUUGUUGCUAACCGCAGUAUCUUCGACAACUACUCUCCGACUUAUUAUCCAAAUAACCAGACUUUAUAUACUUCACGGCGUUAUUUUCAAGCUGAUCAAAGUCAACCAUCCCUACAAACAAAAUAUUCUUAUCACCAAAAUAAUCCAGAAUCUUUUCGAUCAUUUAGUGUUAGUCCAGAAGUAGGAAGUAGAAUUUCAGAAAUUCUUAUGAUUUUCUGUCCCGUUUCGAACAUCAAUCUCAAAUUCAUCAACUAAGAUUCUGUCAUGUUACCCUGUAGAAGCUACAAUGAGAACAUUAAUAUGAUUGGGUCAAAUUCGAAUCUUCGUCUUUGUUCAUCUGCCCCAUCACCACUUAAAAGAAAACCGUAUCAAGUUUCUUUCAAUCUUGAUAGAAAUACCUAUAUCGAAUAUCCUUACUCAGAAUCCUCAACUUCAUUAGUGCAAUGCAAACGUGUACCAGGUUAUAUAAGUUCAAGUGGAGCUACUCCAGGAGAAACGAAUGUAAACUUUAAAACAUCACCAAAAUAUCCAUUCAGUUGGAGCAAUGAAAAUGGGGUAACAACAAUUGGAAAAGUUAUAAAUGGCUAUGAUAAUGAAUAUUCCAAGCAAAUUAAUUAUCCACCUCGUUUGUACACUUCAUGGCCUAUCAGACCAAAGUAUAAUCGUUAUUCACCACCUCCUCCACAACCAACUUUAAACCAUGAUGGGGAUAACAUUAAUUUUAACUGUAGUACAACUGAUCAAACCGCCAUUAUAGAUCCUUUUACAUCUAAUAGUUAUACUGCACACAAACCAGAAAUCCGUUUUAUCGACACCACUUUAAGUUCACCAGGGAAUUGUAAUUUAAACAGCAAUAAUAAUUUAAAUACGAAUAAACCACCAGUCUUUGGAAGAUCUCUGAAUAGUUUAAAAUUGCUUUUGUCGAAAUCUACACAUCGUUUCGAUGCAAAUAGUAAUACUAAUCCAAAUGGCGGUAAGUCAUUAUUUAAACAAAUCGAACAAUAUGAUUCAAUCAAUCCAAGAGAUAGUUCAGCAAUCGAUAUCUUGAAUCAAAGAUCAUUUUGUUCAUAAUUCUUCGUAUCAUUUAUUUUUAUAAAAUAAAAGUUUUUUAAAAAAUUAAAUAACGUCGAUUCCAUUAAAAUUACAACACGAAUAUAGAGAAUUAAGUCUGUUGUUGUUUUCGUUAUCGAUCAGAACAUUAUUAUUAUCUAAAUACGAGUGGAUGUAUACAUUUAUUCAUGCGAUAAACUCAUACUUUAUCAAAGCCACUGAUUUUUGUUUUAAUUAUAACUAUGUUUUGUGGGAUAGGUAAAGAGGUGACAGGACUAAUUAAAUUACUUAUUUCUUUACUGAAUCAAAUUUACAAACAUUAUAAUGCUUUUAAAUAUACGUGCUGUACAUUCCGAAUAAUGAUGUUUAUUUUGAUGGUUGAUGCUCUUUGGUGAUUUCAUUUUGUUUUUAUUUUCCGUGUUCCGUUUAAAAAACAUAGUAUGCUAAUCUUAUUUUAUGAAAUAUUUAUGACUAGAAGUGAAAGUAGUUUUUCAGGUGAUGAUGACUCAUACUUAUAAAUUUGAAAUUGGUGAUACGUUUACAUUUUAAGUAGUUGUCAACAUUCACUAUAUAAGUACCAUUUAUACUUGUAUUCUUGUUAUUUACAAACAUAGGUGCUUUUUAGACUUUUCAUAAAACUAAGAUAAUACUGACUACAAACUAGUAGUAUGAUCUUAUUUUACAUAAAUUGGUCGUUUCAAUGUGAUGCAAGACGUCAUCAGUACAACUUUACGAAUAAAUGCAGUGACUAGAUUUCGCGUGAAUAUUAAUAUGUAGUACUUCUUCACGAAUCAAACUCGACUGGCCGACAUUCAGUCAUCCUGUGUUUUAGAAUGACUUGCUAUAAUGUUGCAAGUAAUGUGCUGAAAUAUUAGCAGAUAAAUGUCUACUCUUAACAAAAUAGCUGGUGAAUAUGAUGAAAAUAAGAUGUAUUAAGCUAUACAACCUCUUAGUUCAUAAGAACGGAACCAACUGAUUGCGUAGUUUAGAAAUUAUUGGUUCAAACCAGAGAAAAUUAUUUUCUUCCGAAUCCAGUUAACCACGAACAGAUGUCACCUGAAGAACUGAAAUCUAGAGAACACAUGAAUACAGUUGCACUCUAGGUUAAGAUUCACAAACAAUGUAUACACACAACCCUCAGAUGCUGAAACGAACCUCUAAGCUAUAAUCUAAGGUUCAACAUCCUUCAUCUCAGAUCUUUUACAGUAUCUCAUCGGUAAAUACUGCAUUUCAUGUUAAAAAUGUUUGCUGUCUUCAUGGUCAUUAUGAGCAAACAGUUGUCGACAGAAAUUAAUUCUAAACCUACAUUCUAACAGGACUGCUUAAUCGCAAUAGAAAUUGUAUGACUGAUAUACCUUGGAAAAUAUUUUCCAUCUUAAUAUGGUAACAUAUCGGAAAAAAAUGACUUCUAAGUAGCUGAUUUAUCAUUUGCAGCCGAAUCUCCGUUCAAUGAUUUUACAGUAACACUAAAAAUCACAUCAGUAUAAACUCAUAGUGUUGAUUUUAAGCUCAUUUGUGAGCAGCUGGUUGUUUGAAUCUUAUACAAGGUAUAACUUAAAAUCAUUACUCUCCGUACAAUUUUAAACAAAAAUGUGAUGACUGAAAGUAUUCCCGAGACUUUGUAUGUAACACUGUAGAUAUAGAUGUAGUCUUUAGAAAUUACCAGUUUUGAUUUUGAAAUAAACCGCUAAACCUCAAGAUUUCUCUGUUCAUACAAAAAUUGCCCCUAAAUAAUAUAUUUUAAAAAAUGAAAUAUAUAAACACAAAGCUUCUUAUCAUUUAAAUAGGAAUUCACAUGGAAUGCACAAUACGAUCAUUUCUUUUUGAUAACGUGAUAGUGUUUAGAAUUUUACAUUGCAACAAUAGGCUAAAACAGCAGAAAUCCCCAGUCCUAUAAUGACUUCCAUAACUGAUUAGUUUAGCAGACGACAUUUAAACUAUGAUCUUUUUCAAAGUUAUAUCAAAUACAUUAUUGAAACGAGAUCUUAAUAUCGCCUACUUAAAUAUCUAAACAGAGUUUGCGUCAUGAAUAAAAAUCUGGUACUAUUCGUUUCAAUAAAAAUUUCUCGUUAAGGAUACACUCAGUGGUUUACACUUUGACGGCAGAAAAGUGACUUAGUUGUUUAAGCAUACUGCAUUUUACCGCAUCAUUGUGGAUUCAAAUCCUAUUUCAGCACCGGUUAACCAGAAGCGUAAUAUUUAUGCCCAAUACAUAAAAGACUCCGAAUUCGGCAAGUCAGCUUCGAAUUAGCCUAUCGUGAUGAACCAAUCGGGCUAUACUGGCUGGAACAAUCAUUCUUCAAGGUCCUACCAUGACAUGCAGGUCGGUUAAAGAGUAGUAAGACUAAAAGCAGCAAAUCCAAGGUUCGAGGGCGAAGUCGUACUCCUGAAUGUACAGACGUGUUACGGUAAUAAAGUGUUUUUUAAGACAACCAGCAUGACAGCGAUGCUGUCUUCCCACAAAGGAAGGAUAGGGUUAGAAAAGGUCGAUCCUAAAAAUCCACAUUUCGCCUUGUCUCAUGUUUCCUUCUCGUGCAGCCUUUUCCGCCGUCAUUGCUAAAUCCUCCACAUAUUUACGUUUGUCGGUUAUGAUGCUCCUCUUCACUUGCUUGUUUACUUCCGUGUAUUCAGCUGGUACCUUGGCUUUCUCUGCUCUUGUUCGGCUGUUCUUGAUUGCUGCCUUCUUGUUCACCCUUUCUUGAAUCUUAUCCAGUGUAUCAACAGUGAUCCAUUCCCUGUAAUAGGGCUUAUUGUGGCCCAGAACCUCAUAACAUGUUGAAGUGAUUGCCUCCUUUAUCCCUUUCCAGUUGCUCUUCAUAGUAGUUCCUUCUCCACUGAGUAGAUCGUGAAGGGCCUGGAACCUAUUGCUGAGGGCUAUCUUGGAUUUGUUGAGUUUGUCAGUAUCCCAAAGAAAGGUCGUAUUAAACGUUUGUAAGGUUGUCCGCCCCAUUCUCCAGUGCUUCUUAAGUUUCAACUUCAUUUUGGCGACCAGCAAGUGAUGAUCUGAUGCUAUAUUAGCUCCUCUCUUGGUUCUCACAUCCUCCAUCGUCCUCCCGAACUUUUUGUUAAUGCAGAUAUGGACAAUUUGGUUCUGUGUAGUGUGAUCCGGUGAAGUCCAUGUGGUUUUGUGUGUGUUUGUGUGGGAAUAUGGUGCCGCCUAUGACCAGUUUGUUGAAGGCACAUAGGUUUGCAAAUCUCUCACCAUUUUCGUUCCUUUCUCCCAAUCCGUGUCGUCCCAUGAUGUCUUCAUAUCCAGUGUUGUCCAUUCCGACCUUGGCAUUUAGGUCUCCCAUCAGGAUGGUCAAGUCCUUUGUUGGGCACUUCUCGACGAUUGUAUGACACAAAAAAGAAACUCUCUGGAAAUCGCCGCAAACCAGAACGACCAGUGAAAAGCAAGGAAGGCGAGGUAAUCACCAACAUUGAAGAACAACAAAACAGCUGAGUAGAACACUUCAAAGAACUCUUGAAUCGACCAGUCCCACUGAACCCACCCAACAACGAAGCAGCACCCACGGACCUCCCAAUCAAUGUUGGCCCACCAACAAUUGAAGAAAUCAGCAUGGCCAUCAGACAAAUCAAGAGUGGCAAAGCAGCAGGACCAGACAACAUUCCAGCACGGGGACUGAAAGCAUACGUAGCGGCAACUGCAAGGAUACUCCACAUUCUCUUCAAUAAGAUUUGGGAUGAGGAACAAGUACCAAAAGAUUGGAAAGAAGGACUCCUGAUCAAAAUACCGAAGAAAUGCGAUCUCAGCAAGUGUGAUAACUACAGGGGCAUCACUGUUCUCUCAAUACCGGGAAAAGUCUUCAACAGAGUAUUGUUAAACAGGAUGAAGGACUGCGUAGACGCCCAACUUCGUGACCAACAGGCAGGAUUCCGUAAGGAUAGAUCGUGUACAGACCAAAUUGCAACUCUACGGAUCAUUGUGGAACAAUCAAUUGAGUGGAAUUCAUCACUCUACAUCAACCUCAUUGACUACGAAAAAGCGUGGACAGAACAACACUAUGGAAGCUUCUUCGACACUACGGCAUACCGGAGAUAGUCGAUAUCAUACGGAAUUCCUAUGAUGGAUCAAACUGCAAAAUCGUGCAUGGAUGACAAUUGACAGAUUCGUUCAAGGUAAAAACCGGUGUCAGGCAAGGUUGGGCAGCAUCAUUGAUGAACACGGUGGAUCUGAUGCAGAUGUAAAGGCACGGAUUGGCAAAGCAAGAGCAGCAUAUUUACAACUUAGGAACAUCUGGAACUCAAAGCAACUGUCAACCAACACAAAGGUCAGGAUUUUCAAUACAAAUGUCAAGACAGUUCUACUGUAUGGGGC